AGGAGUGAGGGAGGCAUGGUUACAAACUCCUGGCUGCUCCCCCUACUGAAGCACAGAGGCGCGCUGCUGCUGUCUUUCUCCGCAGAGUGGGGAUUUAGCCCGGCCAGAGAGGGCUCACACAAGAGAGGAGGGUCACAAAAUAAAGUACAGACCGCUAUGGGGGACGCGCAGCACCGCAGAGAAACGAGAACGGUUGCUUAGUUUUCCUGUGUUAUGAAGAACAUGCGGGAAAAACUCACGACAGUUUAGGGGAUUUCGCAUCAAAACGUUAAGGAGCACCGUUCGGGAGUACCUGAAUACCUGCAGUGUGUUUCGCUCUUAGCCUCGGUUCGGUGACAUUGAGAGACACACAGAGGGGGAUAGUGGGACUAUAAAACGGAGCAGGAGGAAAGUUUCUCAAGCUUGGCGCAGACACAGCGGUGAAACAAUGCUGCUGACCCCGACCAAGUGCGUUUCAUCGGCAGCCCUGCUAAUCCUGCUGGUUGUCCGAUGGUCCGACAGCAUUUCGUUGUCUCCCCAAGAGGCAAACCAGUUUCUGAGCAGACACAGGAGAGCAAAUCAAGUUUUCGAGGAGACGAAGCAAGGGCACUUGGAGAGGGAGUGUGUGGAGGAAAAGUGCUCCAAAGAGGAGGCCAGAGAAGUAUUUGAGAACGACCCGGAGACUGACUACUUCUAUCCCAAGUAUUUAGCCUGUAUGGAGAAGUUUGGAGAUGCCGAAAAGAAGAAACAGGAUCUGAUAACUUGUGUCCAUAAUAUACCGGAUCAGUGCUCCCCUUCGCCCUGUUAUCCCAGCGGUACAGUGCGCUGCGAGGACAAAAAGGGCGACUUCCUCUGUCACUGUUUCACAGGCUGGGCAGGAGCCAGAUGUGAGAAAGAUGUCGACGAGUGCAGCAAGAAAAGCGUAGAGUGUGAACACAUAUGCAACAACACGAUGGGCAGUUACCGCUGCUCCUGUCGCCAAGGCUACAUGUUGGUAGGACGCCACACGUGUAAAGAUGUGGAUGAGUGUGAGGACCCAGGUGUGUGUGGAACCGCACGAUGUGAGAAUAAGGAGGGCAGCUAUGAUUGCUUGUGUGAUAUCGGAUAUGUCUACGACAACGAAACCAAAAGCUGUGUUGAUGUGGAUGAGUGUGAGACGGGUGUGUGUGCAGAGGAGUGUCUGAACACGCCGGGGAGUUUCCGUUGUUUCUGUGAUGGACGUCAGGGCAUGAAGCUGGGCCAGGACCUCAGGAGCUGUAAGCCUAUAACCCCCUGCAUGUCGCCGUCUCUGAAGAGGAACCCUCGCUCGCUCUACCUGGGCCGCAUGUUCAGCGGCGUGCCAGUGGUGAGGCUGCGAUUCCGUCGCAGGAUUCAAACCGGCUUCUCUGCAGAGUUUGACUUCCGCACCUACGACCCAGAGGGGGUGAUCUUCUUCGCCGGGGGUCACCUAAACAGCUCGUGGAUCGUGCUUGCAAUGCACCAUGGGAAGCUGGAGCUGCAGCUGAAGUAUGGCACAGUCAGCAGGGUCACCAGCAGCGGGCCCAUCGUCAGUGACGGCCAAUGGAGAAAGAUCUCGGUGGAGGAGCAGGUGCGCAGUCUGGUGAUUAAGAUCGACAGGGAGGCCGUCAUGAAGAUUGCAGUAAACGGCGAUCUGUUUACGCUAAAGAAAGGCAUGCAUGAACUCAACCUCACCGUGGGAGGAGUCCCGUUCAGAGAGGACGGCCUCGUCAAUCAGGUAAACCCCCGCCUGGACGGCUGUAUGAAGGACUGGAAGUGGUUGACGGGUGAAGAUACUUCCAUACAAGAAACGGUUCGGUCCAACGACAACAUGCAGUGUUUCAGCAGCGAGGUUCCUGGAGCGUAUUUCCCCGGCACCGGCUUCGCUCUCUUCAACAUCAGCUAUGAAUCCCAGAACCUGAGCGUACAGUUGAGCCUGCGUCCGACCUCUGCGAUCGGAGUCCUGUUUGCACUCGUUCACCAGGACAGAGUCCCUCUCUCCAUCGUGCUGGCUGACUACCAUCCCGGCACAGAUGAAUGGAGAGAUUAUAUACUGGUGUCACUGGGUGAUGUCAUCAUUGCGAGCUCUCCCGCCCCCCUGUGUGACGGGGACAGUCAUGACAUCCAGGUGACGCUCUCAGGAAACCAAACCCUGCUGCUGGUCGAUGGCAAGGCUGGACGCAGUGAAGACGCUGACAUUCCUUUUGACAUCCUUUCACAGUCCAGCAUCUUUAUAGGAGGCCUUCCUGAUGUCCCUCUGGUGUCCACGCUGGUGUCGGCGCCCUACAGCGGCUGCAUGGAGGUCAGUGUUAACGGACACCCUCUGGACUUGGACCAGGCCCUCCACAAACACAACGACAUCCGCUCACACUCCUGCCCCCUGCUGGACUCUCGCCAGUGACCACAGCAACUGACGCUUUAGCAGUUCAUUGAGGCAAUGGGGAUUAUUUCCAAUAUAUUUAUAAAAGCUUUGACCAGUGAUGAUUUAGAUUGGAACACACAUAAAAGCUUUGCCAGGUUUUGGGGUUCAGCUAAAGCCUUAGCCCAGGAUCACCCUGUCCUCUUACUGUGACGACACUGCUGCCUUCAGGCAUCAGUGGGGAUUCACAGUAUUCUCUAAUGACUCCAUAAGGAGUUAAUAAGCCAAUCAGCGAUGUCCCCUGUGCAAUUUCUUGGAAUAAAUGCUGCACAACAUUGCCUCAAAUACUGCCCAUGCACCACAGCCUUGUGAGCCCAUUAGAACACACAGGGCCUUAUCUAGAGCUAUGUCCAAUGAUUGGUCUGGGGUCAGCACACUACGCCUGGGUCCUGUGCUCAAUCCGAUUUGACGGGACCUCUGUAGGCACAGUGACUCCGCUGACAGAGCUGCGGUCGUGUUGCUUUCUUCCAUUCUACACAACAACCACGCUCAUGUAGAAUCUGAUGAAAUGAAAAAAAUGGGGACCAGAUCAUAAGAGUUUUAUUGGCUUCCCUUAUUCAAAGGAAAUCAUUGAACAUUGCUCAGAUCUCCAUGAGUGUUUGGUUCAUCAUUAUUUUAGGGGUUGAUCAGGGACUUAAUCAAUCUUAUUUGUUCCUAACAAGAAGCCCCCUUUGUGUAGAAAACUUUGCACAUUGUUGCAGGUAGCAAUGGACUGCGCGUGAAGCCGGUUUCCCCCCUCCCACUAAAGCAACACUCCAUGUCUGCCUGCAACCUUAAAAAUCAACCGUGUGCCUACAAAGAACAACCAACCCAAACUUCGCAGCAGCUUCCCUCCAAACAGGUGAAUCAUAUCACACAGGUGCAGUACUGUAACACACAGAUAAUGCUUUGCAUUGCAGUUAACACACUAUGCAUUUCCACCAGUGCAUUCUGCAGCACUUCAGUCUUUUAAAGAUUUGACUGACACCCUGAUUCUCACUAAUCCUCAAUCACAUGAUGAUAGAUUAGUCUCAGAAGCACAGACCGGAAGGUGCCCUCUCCAUUAGGAGAGAGUGAGCACUGCAUCGAACGCACCACAAAGCUACUGAGGGUAAGAAGAGUGCGCUGUAAUAUACUAAGUAUGUAAAUAAUGUGACUGUACAAUGCUUUAUAGAAGACAGAAAAACACUACCUUCUGCUCACUGAGGUUUCCUGCACACUUAAGUUGAUCCAGUAAUCUGAGUCUCUCCACUUCUCUUCACUUCAUCUGCUUCCUAAAAACAUUUGGAUAACAAAGACACAAUUCCUAUCAUGAAAGCUGAAGGGGGAGACUCUGAAAGCGAUAUCCAUGGAUCAAAGGGUCGUACAUCUUUGGGGACUCAAUUUUUAAUUUGAUUUUACAGGUGCUGAGCAAAUGAAAACACAA